AUGAGCGCCAAACGCUAUGCAUUCCUCCCUAUGGAGGAGGAGGUGGGAGAGGAAAAGGGGGAGUCAUCGAAGAAGCCCUCGAAAAAGAGGAAGACCGAAGAUGCCGCUGCGCGGAAUAAGGCGGCGCUACCUGAUAUUCGAGAACGAUCGCGACAAGAAUACCUCAAGAAAAGAGAAGCCGAACGACUUGCUCUCUUGCGAAAACAGGUUGCAGAGGAGACGGACGAGUUGAGGAGCGGCGUGCGACUGUCGGAGAAAGAGAAAGCCGAAUUUGCCAAGAACAGAGAGAUCCUGCGACUGGCCGAAGAGCGACUUAACAUUGAUGAUCAUCGAGAUGGAUACUACAUGCCCGAGGACUACAUCACCGAGAAAGGAAGACUCGAUCGCAAGAAGAAGGAAGAGGUACUAUAUAAGAAGCACAUCGAAAGAGAUCAGUUCGGGCGGGAGAAAUUCGUCACAGAGCAUGAAGAAUGGGAACGGGAACAAACCACAAAGGUGAAAGCGCAAAUCCAGCGCGCCGAAAGAGAGAACGACGAUUACGACCUUGUUAUGGACGAAUCGCAGUAUAUUCAGUGGAAGUCGGACGCGAGAAUGCCUGGCGACCGUCAAAAAUUGACCCAAGAACAACAAGCCCUGAUGGCGCGGAUCGAUGAAGCCGAGAAGAAGGCACUAUCAAUACAGGAGACACGAAAGAGCCUGCCUAUUUACCAAUAUCGAGACGAGUUCCUCGCUGCGCUGGAGAAGUUUCAAGUCCUCGUCAUUGUCGGAGAGACUGGCAGUGGAAAGACGACUCAGCUACCACAAUAUCUCCACGAGGCGGGUUAUACCAAGAACGGCAUGAAAGUGGGAUGUACACAACCUCGUCGAGUGGCCGCCAUGAGUGUAGCAGCUCGUGUGGCUGAUGAAGUAGGUGUCAAAGUCGGUAGAGAGGUCGGAUAUACGAUCCGAUUCGAGGACUGCACCAGCGACAAGACCAUCCUCAAGUACAUGACCGAUGGAAUGUUAUUACGAGAAAUCAUGACAGACCCUGAACUCUCGUCGUAUUCAGCGCUGAUGAUCGACGAAGCUCACGAACGCACAGUACACACUGAUAUCCUCCUGGCGCUACUCAAGGAUCUCUCGAGAUCGCGACCUGAUUUGAAGCUGCUGAUUUCGUCAGCUACCAUGAACGCUGAGAGAUUCUCGGAGUAUUUCGACAACGCUCCCAUCUUCAAUAUUCCUGGUCGAAAAUACCCAGUCGACAUUUACUACACACCCGCUCCCGAAGCGAAUUAUCUGACUGCGGCCAUUGUAACAACAUUUCAGAUUCACACAACACAACCCAAGGGUGAUAUUCUAAUUUUCUUGACCGGACAAGACGAGAUUGAAGCCGCGGAGCUUGAGCUUACUCAGACAGCAAAAAAGCUCGGCAACCGCAUCAAGGAACUUAUCAUCUGCCCAAUUUACGCAAACCUACCGUCCGAUUUACAGGCGAAGAUCUUCGAACCAACACCAGAAGGAGCUCGUAAAGUCAUUUUGGCUACCAACAUCGCCGAAACCAGUUUAACCAUUGAUGGAAUUGUCUACGUUAUUGAUAUUGGUUAUGUCAAGGAAAACGUCUACAACCCCGCCACCCGUGCGUCAAACUUGGUUGUUGUUCCUUGCUCGAGAGCAUCUGCAAACCAGCGAAGUGGCCGAGCCGGUCGUGUUGGACCAGGAAAGUGUUUCCGUCUAUAUACAAAAUUCGCAUACAUGAACGAAAUGGACGAAUCAACUACACCAGAAAUCCAGCGAACAAACCUAAAUGGUGUUGUGCUUCAACUGAAAUCCCUAGGCAUCAAUGAACUGCUUGAUUUCGAUUUCAUGGAUCCUCCGUCUAAAGACUCUCUCAUUGGUGCGCUGAAUCAGUUAUAUGCUCUGCAAGCGCUGAAUCAUCGUGGCGAGUUGACCAAAAUUGGCCGACAGAUGGCUGAAUUCCCUACAGACCCUUUGCUAGCCAAAGCAGUGCUGGCUGCCGGCAAGGAAGGCUGCGUCGAAGAGGUUCUGUCCAUUGUAUCGAUGCUUGGUGAAGCUUCUACGCUGUUCUUCCGACCCAAGGACAAGAAGAUUGAAGCAGACAGCGCCCGAAACCGAUUCACAAUCAAGGACGGAGGUGACCACGUCACACUCCUGAACAUUUGGACCCAAUGGGUUGACAGCGGUUUCUCCCCCAUCUGGGCGAAGGAGAACUUCCUUCAACAACGGUCUCUCACAAGGGCACGCGACGUUCGUGACCAACUAGCAAAGCUGUGCGAAAGGGUCGAAGUCGAGUUGUCUACGUGUGGCAUCUCCAACCUUCUGCCCAUCAAACGAGCCAUCACAUCGGGAUUCUUCCUCAACGCUGCACGGCUGCAGAAGAGUGGUGACGGUUAUAGGAUGGUGAAGAGCAAUACAGCCAUGUGGAUCCACCCAAGCAGUGUCAUGAUGUCCGUUGACCCCCCGGCAAAGACGGUAAUUUAUUUUGAGCUUGUCCAAACGACCAAGGAUUAUAUGCGUAGUGUGAUGCCUAUUGAGCCAAAAUGGCUAGGGGAAUUGGCACCGCAUGUGUAUAAAAAGGAGGAUAUGGAGGAAUUGGUGGCGAAGAAGAUGCCGAAAGAACGGAAAUAUAGGUAA